AUGAAGAUCUCAUCCAAAUCCAUCUUGAGCCCAGGUCGAGCUGGGGUAGCUCGAGACCCACCAAACUCCCUCUCAACCUCGCUCAGUCGUAGGCUCAGAAACAGUGGCAGCAUCAAGGGCGGCGCGUCGCCGGCGAUGUUCCCCACCACCGCCAAAAAGAGAGGCAGUUUCGAGAACCCGGAACCCUCUUCACCUAAAGUCACCUGCAUUGGUCAAGUUAGGGUGAAGAGCAAGAAAAAACAAGCGAAAAAGCUCAGAACAUUAUCAAGAAGACACAGCGCCGGCGAGGUUAGUUUCAGAAACUUAGAACACCCCCUCAACGGUUUUGCUUCAAAAACUCAAAAUCUCAAUGAAAGUUUAAAUCUUGGCUCAAAUGCUACUCAUCAAAAUCAAAAUCAAGAAUAUUCGCCGCCGCAGAGGAGCUGGGUUCAUUUUCCGGUGACAAUUUGUGACGCUUUAAGAACACUUGGAUCGGAGUUCAGCUGCUUAUUUCCUUGCCGGAAAGACGAGAAGACGGUGUCGACACAAGAGGGUAACCGUCAAGGCUGUGCAGUGUUUGCACGGUGGCUAGUAGCGGUGCAGGACGGAGAUGGAGGUGGUCAGAGAGACAUCGAAUUGGUUGUCGGAGAAGAAGAAGAAGAAGAAGAAGAAGAAGAAGAAGAAGAAAUUGUUGUUAAGAAAUCAAGACGACAUGUGUUUGAAGAUCUAGAGAUUAUAAACGACAGGAUCGAAGGCCAUAAAGACGAAGCAAGAGUAAGCAUUUGCGUUCCACCAAAAAAUGCUUUGUUGUUGAUGAGAUGCAGAUCUGACCCCAUGAAACUCGAAGCUCUCACACAUCGAUCUUGGGAACCAACUGUUGCUAAAAAUGAAGAAGACGACGAAGAACUUGUUGACCAUGAACAUCAAAUCGAACAAGAUUUAAAGGAUAUUCAGCAAGUCUUGAGUGUGGAUCAAGAACAAGAAACUGUACAACUUGAUGAAGCUAUUCAAGAUGAAGAACAAGAAAAUGUACAACAACAUGAACCCAUUCAAGAUCAAGAACGUGACGUUGUACAACAAGUUGAAGCUAUUCAAGAUUAUGAAAAUGUACAACAAGAUGAAGCUAAUCGAGAUCAAGAGCAUGAAAAUGUACAAUACACUGGAGUGGGUCAAGAUCAAGAAGAAGAAAGUAUGUUUCUUGAAUUUUUGUUUGAAGAAAAUGUGAAUCAAGAUUUUGAGAUUCAAGAACAUGAAGUUGACUCUGGUAUGGAGGAAGCUCAAGAAGAGGUUUCAACAAUGGUUAUGACUGAAGUUCCAGAGAUCUCUGCAACCCAUGAGGAAGAAAUGGUCAGCAAUGAAGAUUUAGAGAGAGAAAGUGAGGUGAAAAAGGAGAGAGAAAGUGAGAGAGUGUUGCCGGAUUGUUUGUUAAUGAUGAUGUAUGAGCCCAAGUUAUCAAUGGAGGUUUCAAAGGAGACAUGGGUUUGCAGUACAGAUUUCAUCAGACGAAACUCGAAUAAAAGAAAACCUCCACCGCCGCCGCCGCCGGUGGUAAAAAAGGAUGGCGAUGAUGAAUCGAGGUUUUGUUCUGCUGCUAAUGCUAUUGCCACCAUAAACAAUGUGAUGAGGGUGGUCGACGGAGGACGCCAAUCGUCGUUACAGCAGCCGGCGCGGUCAUCUUGUUCAUUACCGGCACCGCCGUCGAUGGCGACGAUGUUAGAGCAGAAACUAGCGGAUGCGAUGGGGUACGAACCGUUUGUGCUGACAAGGUGCAAGUCGGAGCCGAUGAAAACGGCGGCGGCUAAGCUACUACCGGAGAGUUGCGUUUGGGAAAACAGGAAGUUGGAGCGGCUGAGCCGGGGUACAUUUGGUGUCGGCGCAGCUGGGUUAGGGUUUUGA